GGUAAUAAUAAGCUGUUACUUCAGCCUUUAGUCAUAGAUAUAGAUAUAUAUUAAUGUAGAACAGCUUCUGUAACUUGAAAACUCUCUGCAUCAGUUUGAAUGGGAGUCAGUAUUAACUUCUAAUUCAUCCAGAUCUUGGAGCACUUUGACGACGGCAGCCUGCUCCUCCUGUGUGGUUUCAUUAUUCCUGUACGCUCCAAGAAUCAUUUAAAGGUCAGAGAGUUUCUACAUCUGAUCCUUUCAACCGAAGCUGCCCCCGACUUUCUAAGACUUUCUAUAGGCACGCGUCCCUGAGGGUGGGGAGGCGACUGCAGGCCUGUUGAGGCCAUUGUGCCCCCAACAGCCAAUCGGGGAGUGAGCGUGUGCCGGGUCGGCAGUAUAAAUGUUGGCAGACUCCAGGAAGCAGCACAAACACUCUUCUCUGAACAUCUGACCACCUCAGCUGAACUGUGAGAUACCUAACCCCAAACCUAUCAACAUGGAGUCUCCUGGAAAAUCUCUGAAGGAAGCUCUGCUCUGUGCUCAGAGCGAGGACCGACUCACUGCCGGAGUCUACGAGAGCGCUAAAAUCAUGACUGAUGACCCUGACAGCGUGUCUUUCUGCGUCCUGGCCACGGACGAGGAGUUCGAGUGUGACAUCGCUCUGCAGAUCCACUUCACCCUCAUCCAGUCCUUCUGCUUCGACAACGACAUCAGCAUCGUCAGAGUGAGCGACAUGCAGCGUCUGGCUGAGAUCGUUGGUGACAAGGCGGAGCAGCUGGAAGACGCUCACUGCGUCCUCAUCACGAACCCAGCUGACGGCUCUUGGGAGGACCCUGCUCUGGAGAAGCUGCAUCUGUUCUGUGAGGAGAGCCGCCGUCUGAACGACUGGGUCCCUGAGGUCAGCCUCCCCGGCCGCUGAUCGGGGGCUCCGGCUCCUCUCUUGCUCAGAUGCUGUGAAGCUUCUUAUCUGGAAAUACUCAUCCUGGUGAUCAGGAUGAACAUGUUUCUGCUCAUCCCUGGAUACUCCUGAGGAGGAUUCCCGUCCAGGCAGCACGGCGCCGGCCCCGAGGAGGGGCCCCCGUGAACCGUCGCCUCUUGUCCCGUCCAUGCCAAGAUGACUCUCAUUCUUUAUGUGAACGAGGUCGGGCAUGCCACAAGAGCGACACGUCGACCCUCAUUCUUUGUGCGGAUGAGGUUUGGAGAGGAAGGAGAAGCGAGUUCUGCGUCCUGUGGUUCCACAGAGCAAAUGUCGCACGUUGACGCGCACGCGCAGCAGGAGAAGAAGCGGUGCGGAGGAAGAGGCCUUGUUAAAAAGAGACUUUUUAAAAGUGUCCUCUUCGCUGAGCAACAAGACAACAGUUGCAAUCAGCGCAAAUAUUUCCCACUUUCCAGAAUUGUCUUAAUUCUCUAAAGGUUUCACUUUAGAAAUUUAAAUAUGACAAAAAAAAAAAAUUCUUAAAAAGGUCUUGAAAAAAAAGCCUCUAAAGGUUUCACUUUAGAAAUGAUUUAAAAAAGAUAAACAUAAAAAAUAAGAAGAACGUGUCUUUUCUCUAAAGGUUUCACUUUGGAAAAUUAACAAUAACAAAAAAUUAAAGUGUUAAAAUAAAAAGUUGUGUGAAUUUGAGCUCGAAUCUUGAAAACUGAAAGUUAAAACUAAAGAUAAAGUUUCAUAAGGUUUCCCUUCAGCUCGGUUGUUUUCACUUUGUCAAAUUAAAUAACUUGUUCACUGAAUAACUGAAACUUUUGUC